GGCGUCUGUAUCUGCAUUCUAUCCUUAAUAUCUACUUCCUUGCAUUAGCAUUUAGCACCCCCACUUUUAACUUUCUUCUUUUCUUUCCAUUUUGUUUUCUCUUUAUAUUAAAAUACUACUCCUACUUAACAAAUAACCAAACUCUUAACGACAUCAGAAUAGAAGAGUAGUAGUUGCACAAAGAGACAAAGAAAACCAAGAAAUUUCAAGAAGAAAAGAAGGAGAAUUUGAAGGGGUUUGCCGGAAAACUUGAAUAUUUGAGGUUUAAGAAAUCAAGAAUGAUUGGGUCCAGGUUCAUAAAAUGUGUCACAGUGGGGGAUGGAGCAGUGGGUAAAACUUGUCUACUCAUUUCAUAUACCAGCAAUACUUUUCCCACUGAUUAUGUCCCAACUGUGUUUGACAAUUUUAGUGCAAAUGUGGUUGUGGAUGGAAGCACUAUUAAUCUGGGUUUAUGGGAUACUGCAGGCCAGGAAGAUUACAAUAGAUUAAGGCCCUUGAGCUAUCCUGGGGCAGAUGUUUUUAUACUAGCAUUUUCCCUCAUAAGCAAGGCCAGCCAUGAAAAUGUCUCUAAAAAGUGGAUUCCUGAAUUGAGGCAUUAUGCCCCAGGAGUUCCAAUCAUUCUUGUUGGAACGAAGCUAGAUCUUCGAGAGGACAAGCAAUUCUUUUUAGACCAUCCUGGUGCAGUACCUAUUACCACGGCUCAGGGUGAAGAGCUGAGAAAGUCUAUUGGUGCUGCGGCUUACAUUGAAUGUAGUGCAAAAACACAGCAGAAUGUGAAAGCUGUUUUUGAUGUGGCUAUUAAGGUGGUUUUACAACCACCUAAGCAGAAGAAGAAAAAGAAGAUGAAGGGUCAGAAAGCCUGCUCUAUCUUGUGAUUUUGCUAAAAGAAAGGCUGUGCAAAGUUCAAGUAGUGCAGCAAAUUUGUUUACUGCUUCGCAGUCUUGACUAAGUACACUAGGAAAGUGUCAACCUGGCUCGUGAUCAUGAUUUAGUUUGGGUACGAUAGUGCGCUCUUCAUCUCUUUCUGAGUUAAAUCUAUAUGAUCUGUGUAACAUUCAUAAGAUGUACUGUCCUGGCAUCUCCUAUAUAUUUGUUGUAGGUCAUUUAACACACUAAUUUAGAUUUUUGCAAGAGUUUGUAUGUGCUAUUGUCAUCAUGCUGAAUUGUUAAGAAGUUGUAACUUGUAAUGUAUGCUGCUUGUAUAUAUUGAAUAAUUUCUGGUUUCUUGAUUGGGAGAAA